GUAAUAUGUAAAAAAGCGAAUUAUAAAUUUCUUUCGUUGAUAAGAACACAUGAGAUGAGAUACCGACACAAAAAUAUGUAUUUAAUUAGCUAAACGAAUACAUGUAUAUAUACAAAUGCCAACAUAUAAACAAAGACAUGAAAAAUGUUAACUGUUAUGCGAUUCGAGAAAUUUCUUCGCCAUUUGAACAAGUAUUAUUAAGACUUGAAUUAUUUGUCCAGCUAAAUAUUGAUAACAACACACCGUGAAGUUUACAAACUAACUUCAGAGUGGACGACACAGGGAUCACAUCACAGUCAGAUAAAGUCACUCGUGUGCUGCAACGCGCGCAGCGCACUCAUGUUCAAAGUAAUAGCAAUAUUUUAGUAGUUAUAAUAACUAUUGUUAUAGUUUUGAUAAGACACGAUAGAUCUUGACGUCCGUUGUAUUUGCAGUUAUACUAGUGAGUUGAUGUAAUUGUGUUAAAUUAUGUAUUUUCCACUUGUUAUUAUCGCCACAUUAUUCGGCGUCCAUUUUGCUAAAGUAUAUCCUGGCCCCAAGUUUCCGCCAACCAAAGGAGCAGUGUGGCCGAAACCACAGUUCCAGAGGAAAGAUGGCACCUACUACACUUAUGUACCUUCGCAGUUCAACUUUACAAUAUUGAAUAAUACUUGCGACAUUUUAAAUAAAGCGGUCGAGCGAUAUUCAUUUACGCUACGGACCUUUGCAUACAUAUCACGAUGGUCGAAACGGUCCGUGAGAACACCUCAACCAAACUCCAGGAAUGGUACUAAGGCGAAAGUUAUCAAACAACUGGAGAUUGAAUUAACUUCGCCUUGUGAAAAUCGUCCCUAUAUGGGUAUGGACGAAAGCUACGAGCUGACCGUCAACCAAACAUCGUAUCUCAAGGCGAACUCAAUUUGGGGCAUUUUGAAAGGAUUAGAAAGCUUUUCCCAUUUGUUUUAUCUAACAGAUGACUAUACUGAAGUUCGGAUAAAUAGUACGACUAUACUAGACUUUCCACGUUACCUGCACCGGGGUCUGCUUCUGGACACCUCACGCCAUUUUAUAUCUCUGAAUAAAAUUCUGAAGACCCUGAACGCUAUGGCCAUGAACAAGAUGAACGUGUUGCAUUGGCACAUAGUGGACGAUCAGAGCUUCCCGUACCAGAGUGAAAAGUUCCCUGAAUUGAGUGCUAAAGGGGCAUUCCAUCCAUCGAUGGUAUACAGCAAAGCAGAUAUUGAGACUGUGAUCCGAUACGCUACUUACAGAGGAAUACGGGUCGUGCCGGAGUUUGAUGCACCUGGACACACGCGUUCAUGGGGAGAAGCGUUCCCGAACAUUCUAACCCAGUGUUAUGAAGGCAACAAGUCGGUCAGUUUGGGUCCAAUGGAUCCGACCAAAAACGACACGUACAAUAUUCUAAGAGAACUGUUGAAUGAAGUGCAGUCGCUGUUUCCGGAUGAGUACUUCCACAUCGGAGGCGACGAAGUUGAUUUGAAUUGCUGGUUGUCCAAUCCUGAUGUUAUAGAGUACAUUAAGCAACACAACGUAACUGAAGACCAACUACACGGAAUCUUCAUGAAGAAUGUUCUGCCCUUACUGAAACCCAAUUCAACAGCUAUAGUUUGGCAAGAGGUUUUUGAUGAGAACGUAUCAUUAAACAAGGACGUAUUGGUGCAAGUUUGGAAAUCAGCGGAUGAAAUGAUCAAUGUACUCAAUUCAGGACAUAAGGUACUGUAUUCAGCGUCUUGGUACCUCGAUCAUCUUUCUGAGGGAGGGGACUGGAAAAGCUUUUAUGAUGCUGAUCCGAGAGAUAUGUUGAAUGGAAAAGUCAACUGGUCUCUUCUAUCCAACAUAGUGGGGGGCGAGGCGUGCAUGUGGGGGGAAGUGGUGGACGAUAGCAACGUCAUAUCCAGAGUGUGGCCCCGCGCCAGCGCCGUGGCCGAGCGGCUGUGGAGCACGACUUCAAUGCACCCUGAGACGUUUCUACCAAAACUCAUCAUUCUAGAUACAGAAAAUCGUCUCGAAGAACACACCUGUCGUAUGAAGAGGCGCGGAGUGGAUGCCCAACCUCCUAACGGUGCAGGAUUCUGCGUCACCUCGCACAAUGAAUGAGGAUUUGAUUAAAAUUGCUCUAUGGUCAAGUAAUAAUUCCGUGAUUCUCAUUCCAAACAAACAAAUCUGUAACUUUUGGUUCCUAAUUUCAGCUAACUCACAGUUACAGAAUGUUAGGAUGAGAGAGUGCGACAGAGAUCUAGAGGCUUAAAGGCUGGUUUAUGGCAACCAACAAUACGGGAUGAGAUCUUUAUGUUUUUACAUUAUUUCUUACUUAUUUUGUUAUUGAAAAAACAAUAUUAUCUAGGAUUUUCUUUGUCUAUAGGUAUAUACAAACCUGGCUAUGCCCUUGUGUGAUAGUCAUACGCAUGGCGUAGAUAGAAGUUACAAUUUUUAUAAGACUUUGAAAUUCCUAAUCCCACACAGCAACUAUCUACAAAAUAUGCUAAAGAUAAUAUUUGUUGUCUUGUUUUUAACAAAUAUACCUACCUAAUAGUCAGAUUAUUAUAAGUGUAACAAAGACAACAAUAAGUUCGUAUAAAAUUAGGAAUAUUUUGGCAUAAUGUGUAAACUUGAUAUGUAAAUGUGUUUUGUUUAGCCGAAUAAAGUUUUUCUUUCUUUCUUUUGAGACAUAAAGCUAUAUUGUGACAAUGAAAUGUUAUAAGUACAUAGCGUUUCGACUAUCGUUACUAGAAUUUGGAUUUGGUCAAUGCUAUGUUAGCAACUUAUUUGAAAAAACCCUAAUUAUGUAUUAGUUAAUUAUCUAUCUAUUGCUACUUUUGUUUUCCUAAUUCAGGAAUGCAACGAGCUUGUGUAACAUUUUUAUUAUAAUAGGGCAUUGUGGAUAAUCGUUUCUGAGCCGUAGAUUACAGAAUUAUGAAUUCUGUGUGCAGAACUUUUGGACGAUUAAGUAUAUUAUAUUUUAAGCGCCAAAUACUCGUGCCCUGUGCCGCAGUUUUAUGAUAGGUCGGUACCUACACUAUCUACAAAAUUAAAAAGCGAAACAGUCUCUUUUAUUAAAGCACUUAAUAUGAUUUUAGUUAUUAUGUUAGUACGUGGUUGUAGUUUUCGGGGCAAGGAGCACCGGUACUUGAAAUAUACUGAUUAGUGAUUACCUAGGUUAUAGUUCAAUUGCAAUUGAUUUAAAUUGUACCUACCUACUAUACUUAGGUCUGUAAUUGAACAUAAAUGUCAAUAAAGACUAUUAUUAUUUA